AGCUAGCUCCUCUACCCUCACCUCGAUCGGUCUCGGCAAUGGCGUCCUGCAAGAAGGUGUCCGUGGCGCUCUGCGUCGUCCUCGCCGUGGUGGCGGCCGGGCCGGCGGCGAGGCAGCAGGUGUCGGCGGCGUCGGCGCACCUGCACUUCUACAUGCACGACCUGCUGGGGUCGUCGGCGGUGGAGGUGGUGCGGGGGCCGCGCGGCAUGUUCGGCAACACGGUGGUGAUGGACGACGUGCUGACGGAAGGGCCGGCGUCGACGUCGGCGGUGGUGGGGCGCGCCCAGGGGCAGUACAUCGUGGCGUCGUCGCAGGGCGGCAUGGACCUCAUGGUCGCCAUGAACGUCGUCCUCAGCUCCGGCCCCUUCGCCGGCAGCUCCGUCACCGUCGUCGGCCGCGACGACACCGGCGCGGCCGUGCGCGAGCUCACGGUGGUCGGCGGGACGGGGCAGUUCAGGAUGGCAAGAGGGUACGUGCUGUGGCGGACCAUCCGCCCCGACCUGCUCGAGCUCGACAUCUACGUCAACCCGUGAGGAUGGACACGUCAUUCGCCCCGUCAGCAUCGUGUCAGCGUAUAUGGUAGCGUGCAUGCAUACGUGUGACGUAACGUACUGAUCGACGUGGCAUGUACAGUCACACGUGUGACAAUCUCUUCUCUUCUGUUUUGUGUGUGUGUGUGUGUCCGGUGAAGUGUUAAUAAGCUUAAGACGGGCGAACGGCGAACCUGAUGUACGCAAAUAAUCCUUAUAUACGUAAUGUAUUAAUUUACCGAA